CUUAUUUUGAAGCUCUCCUCACACAGUUUCUGGGGCUGGAUCGUUGACUGUAGAUCGAAGCUAUUUAUUUUUCUGUCAGCUGUGUUUUGGUGUUCACAACAUGAGAAAAAACCACACGACACCUGGAAGUGUACUGUAGCCCCAGCACAGCCAUGGAUUCAGCGUUUGAGAGGCACUGCUCGGAGCUGGUGGCCCGGGAGAGGAGCGGACACACGGCUGUGGUGGAGGACAGUCUGCUGUAUGUGUGGGGAGGUUACAUGUCAAUUGCUGAUGAUGAAGUUUUCCUACCCAAUGAUGAAAUCUGGGUUUAUGACUUAGAACGAGGUGUAUGGGAAGUGUUUCACAUGACAGGAGAAGUCCCUCCCUCAAUGUCUGGGACCUGCGGCUGCUGCUUGAAUGGUCACUUGUACAUAUUUGGAGGUUGUGAUGACAAUGGACAGACCAAUCAGAUCUAUUGUGUCAACCUGACAGACGGUAAAUACACGUGGAGGAAGAUCAUACAUGAGGUUGGGUCUGCUCCCUCACCCCGAGACAAACUGUCCUGCUGGGUUUACAAUGGAAGGCUCAUGUACUUCGGAGGAUAUGGUCACAAAUUACUGACUGAUGUCGACAGCAGGAACAAAAGCUUCAUUGUAGAUGAAGCAUCAUGGGUGGAGGAUGUCUUCUGGGGAUGGAACAAUGAGGUUCAUGUAUUCAACCCCAUGCAAUCUAGUUGGAGUGAACCACAAACUCAAGGCCGUGCUCCAGCACCCCGGGCUGCCCAUGCUAGUGCCACAAUCGGAUGCAGAGGAUACAUUUGUGGAGGCAGAGUCAUGGAAACCAGGACGAGUGACAUCCACUGCCUGGACUUUGAAUCGUGGACGUGGUCGGAAAUAAUUCCAGUGUCCACCACUCCAGUGGGUAGGUCGUGGCAUACACUCACAGCAGUGUCAGACAGCUCCAUGUUCCUGUUUGGAGGUCUCAGUGUAGACUGCAAACCAAUGAGUGAUGGGUGGCUGCUUGAUGUUGACACAAAGAAAUGGAGAGAAGUUGAGCAUCCCUUUAAAAAUAAGCCAAGGUUGUGGCACACAGCGUGUCCAGGCAAAGACUCUGAUGUGAUUGUGUUUGGUGGAAGUUGUGACUACAUCCUCCUGGUCGACACCGGUCACUGCAAUGAUGCACUUGUUUUCCAGAUGCAGCCAUAUCCUCUGUUCAGGAUUUGUGAGGAUUACAUUGCAAAGAAUGUGAAGAACUAUGAAGUGCUCAGAAACCAGCUUCCUCUCCUGCCUCCCAAACUACAGACAGCAGUACAGAGGAGGAUGUCUUUCUACAGGCCUUCAAAGAAGCAAAAAUAUUAGUUAAAAGAAUGUCUUAAUUGCCAAAAACAUUACAUUAUACCAAAAGUACUGUACUCCCAGUGUGAGCGUCACAGCCACACUGUGGGUUUUUAUUUUUUAAAUAUAUUGUGCAAAAUAUGUGUCAUAUUAUAUUGUUUUACUGAUGUGUUUGUUUUGUACAGUCUGCCUGCUGAAAUAAUGUUCCUGUGAUGAUUAAAUGGCACACCGAA